UAGGUCAGAGCGCGGCGGCGGGGCCGGGCCGGGCCGGGCCGGGCCGGGCCGGGCCGGGCCGGGCAGGGCAGCGUACCUGUCCCGGAACAGCAUGGCGCGGCGCCCGCGGAGCAGCAGGGCCUGGCACUUGGUGCUGAGCGGGGUGCGGCGCGAGGCGGACACCCGGGCAGUCCCCGUCCGCGGCUGGGGCUACGACUCGGACGGGCAGCACAGCGACUCGGACUCGGAGCCGGAGUUCCCGUCCCUCUCGCCGUCCAUCCCCAGCGCCAUCCCCGUGACCGGAGAGUCCUACUGCAACUGCGAGAGCCAGAGCGACGCGCCGCCCUGCUCCAGCCCGCACGCGCUGCACCGGCCCCGCGACUGCCGCUGCGGCGAGGAGGAUGAGUAUUUUGACUGGGUGUGGGACGACCUGAACAAGUCGACGGCCACGCUGCUGAGCUGCGACAACCGCAAGGUCAGCUUCCACAUGGAGUACAGCUGCGGCACCGCCGCCAUCCGCGGCAACAAGGAGCUGGCGGACGGGCAGCACUUCUGGGAGAUCAAGAUGACGUCCCCAGUGUACGGCACGGACAUGAUGGUGGGGAUCGGGACGUCGGACGUGAAUCUGGACAAGUACCGGCACACCUUCUGCAGCCUGCUGGGCAAGGACGAGGACAGCUGGGGACUCUCCUACACAGGCCUCCUGCAUCACAAGGGAGACAAAACUAACUUCUCAUCGAGGUUUGGCCAAGGCUCCAUCAUCGGGGUGCAUCUGGACACGUGGCAUGGGACACUCACCUUCUUCAAGAACCGCAAGUGCAUAGGGGUUGCAGCCACGAAGCUGCAGAACAAGAAGUUUUACCCCAUGGUGUGCUCCACGGCGGCCAAGAGCAGCAUGAAGGUGAUCCGCUCGUGCGGCAGCUGCACGUCCCUGCAGUACCUGUGCUGCUACCGCCUGCGCCAGCUCCUGCCCGGCUACGUGGACACGCUGGAGGUGCUGCCCCUGCCCCCUGGACUCAAGCAGGUGCUGCAUAACAAACUGGGGUGGGUGCUGAGCAUGAACUACAGCACGUCCAAGCCUUCCUCCUCCUCCUCCUCCUCGGGGAGCGACUCAGAUAGCUCCUGUGGCUCAGACGCAGAGGCCUGCCAAAGGAAGAGGUGCAGGAGGACGUGAUGUCUCUGCUGCAGACGGACUGCUGGGAGGGAGCUGGGGGGCUGCUCUGCCUUCUGCCAGGCUCCAGGCCCCUCUUUCUUCACAGGGGCUUCUGUUCCUACUCAUUUGCAAAGGCUUCUCUUGCUCUGUUGGGAAUCUUUAGCCAUCACCAGCAUUGAAAGGACUUGUUGACUCCAAGAGUUCCCAGCUCUGUCUAAACCUGCAGCCAAAUGUCUGAGCUUCAUCUGCUGCUGUGCUGUCGGAGCCAUCACCUCCUUCGCCUCCUCCUGAAGGAUCUGUCUCCUCUGCAGACCGUUGCCAGAGACAAGAUUUAAGGUGUUCUCCCUGUUUCAAAACGCACCAGACUGUGUCAAAUAACGGCCUUGGCUCCUCAAAAGACAGAAUGAAAGGCCAGCCCCCUCCUCUCAGCUGCUGUGUGUUGGUUUGGUGUCUGCUGUGGACUCGUCACCCCUGGGGACCCGUUGGAGCAGCAGCUGCAGGGACACAGGCUCCAGAGACACCUGUGUGUCGCUGGGGAAAGAGCAGUCACACGAGCUGAGCUGCUGGGGGCCUUUCUCAAGCCCCUGAGGACUUUAAUUGCUUUGCAUGUUGGCUCUUGCUGCUUCUCUCUCAAAGACUGUAUUAAGCUGUAAGAAUAAAAGUAGAAACUGUC